AUGCGUGACUACAAAAGGCAAACAUUGGAAAUCAGUCGUUCAAGUGACAAACGUGUUUCCCAAAGUAGAACUAUGGAAAAUCGAAGAACAAAUGAGAGUCGUAUUAUGAAAAAUCAAACAGGAGAUAGGCGUAGAACACUCGAGAGACGUGAUACUAAAACUAGGACUUCACAAAACUUGAAAGAAAACGAUAUGCAUAGUUCUGAAAGGCAAACAUUAGAAUUUAGUAGAUCAAAUGAAAGACGUGUUUCUCAAAUUAGAGCUUCGGAAGACGAAAGAAAACACAAACUGAAUGUUUCUGAAAGAGAUUCUAAGGAACAUCGCAGAACGUUCCAAAGACGCGUGUUUCAAACUAGGAGUUUAGAAAACAUGGGAACAGAUAAGAUUCAUGAUCCUGAAUGGCAAACAUUGGAAUUAAGUCAGUCAAAUGAGAGACGUCUUUCACAUAGUAAAAAUAUAGAAAACGAAAGAAGAAGCGAGAGACGUAUUGUGGACAGACAAACAGAGGAAUACCGCAGAACACUCGAAAGAAGUGAGUUUCAAACUAAGAGCUUAGGAAACUUGAGAACAGAUAAAAUUCACGAUCUCCAAAGGCAAACACUGGAUUUCAGUAGGUUAAAUGAGAGAUGUGUUUCUCAAACUCGAACUUCACGAAACAGAAGAAAAAACGAACUGAGUGUUUCUGAAAAACAACCAGGGGAAUACCACAGAACACUCGAAAGAUGUGUGUCUGAAAUUGGAACAUUAAAAAACUUGAGAACAAAUAAGAUUCAUGAUCCUGAAAGGCAAACAUUCGAUGUCAAUAUGUUAAAUGAGAGACACGUUUCUCAUAUUAGAACUUUGGAAAACCAUAGAAUGAACGAUCUUAGUGUUUCUGAAAGAGAAACAGCGGAACGCCGUAAAACACCUGAAAGAGUGGAGACUGAGUCUAGGACUUUAGCAUAUAUGAGAAUAAACAAGAGGUAUGAUUCUGAUAAGCGUGUAUUGGGCUACAGUAGAACAAAUGCGAGACAUACUUCUCAAAUUCGAGGUGGGGAAAACGGAAGAAUAAACGAGAUGCGUGAUUUGCAAAAGCGAGCAAUACAAACAAAAGACGUAAUUUACAUCGUGGACUUUUUCCGAACGAACGAAAAGUAA